CAACAGUAAGGAGAGACCUGGAGGCGAGGGCGGGGGCACAGUUAUAUCCCUACCUCACCCCUGCUACUAACCUGCUCCUUGGCCUUGCAGCCCAGGGUGCUGUGAGGUUAUGCGCAUGCUCCUAGCCGACCAGGGCCAGAGCUGGAAGGAGGUGGUGACCUUGGAUGUCUGGGAGCAAGGCACAUUCAAGGCUUCCUGUCUGUUUGGACAGAUACCCAAGUUCCAGGAUGGAGAGCUUGCCCUGUGCCAAUCCAAUGCCAUCCUACGGCACCUGGGCCGCUCCUUCGGGCUCUGUGGUAAAGACCCACAAGAGGCAGCACUGGUGGACAUGGUGAAUGAUGGGCUGGAAGACCUAUUCAGGCGCAUUGCCCGGCAGUAUCGCCAUAUCCUUGUAUGUGGGGGCCACAAGCGGGGUGGUCAGGAAAGGGAACCACUUCGGUCACUUGAAACUCUUCUGGCCCAGAACAGGGGUGGCCAGUCCUUCAUCGUUGGUGACCAGAUCUCUUUCGCGGACUACCGCCUGCUAGACGUGCUUCUGAACCUUGAGCUCCUGUUUCCCGGUUACUUGAAUGAUUUUCCCCUGUUUUCCGCCUAUGUAGCGCGCCUCAAGUCCCCACCCAAGCUCAAGGCCUUCCUGGAGUCUCCGGAGCACGGGAACCGGCCCCUUGCUGCUUGCAUAAAGAUGUGAGCCCACCUGCCUCCCCCAGCCCCUGCCCCAAACCAAUAAAACUGAUGGCAGGAGCCA